AUGGCUUCCGAAAGCGAUGACCCACUCAUCAAAGCCUUGCCCCCGGCGACCGAUUACUUGACGUACCUGACCCUACUCGAGUACCAGCUCACCCCUGCCCGUCUACCGACCCUGCAUCGGUUGUUACAAGAUGAGGUCCUGACAACAAACAUCGGCUGGGACUUGGUCCAGAUUCUUUUGCCCAUGCUUCCACAAUCGCAAGACUGCCUACAAGAUGUGGCCCAUCUUGGAAAUCCGCGAGAAGUUAUAUUAAGGGUGUCAGAUAGCUUAAUGAAGCUAGAACCUGGCGAUGACGACGAGAGCGAGGAUGAGUCGAGCGAGCAAGCCUUGGAGACAACGGAAGUUCCUCGACAUGUAAUGCAAUUCAACUGUUUGGUUGCUAUGUUGUCCGUCCUUCACCGUCGCAUCAAGACCCAAUACCCCAGUCGUUUCAUCGCAACGUCGUUACAAGCUGCGCUAGAAGCUUACAGCUCAAUGCCGACAAAUGAGACAACCAACGCGAUACUAGAAUUUCUCCGCGAUCUUUCGCCGUCGAAACGACCUACGCUACCUCCUCGUGGAACAAGCAGCUCUUCUGCGGUACGGGUGUCACAAGCAUCUGCACCCGACCCCGAAGCUGUGUAUGACGAACCAACGGCAUCCGUUGAUACAGCAGUGCAACAAAAGUUGGUACAGUUUGGCCUGAUCGAGGUUCUGAAAACGUAUAUGCUCAGUCUAACGACUCCGGAUAAAUCUGGAUUAUGGUUUGCAUUGAGAUUGCUAGAGAAAUCAGAUCAACGGGGAAAAUCCUCAACAGAUCAAAACUCGAGGAUUCGAAUGUAUACAGAGGAUGAACAACUCAAGGAACGAGAUUUAAUAGUUGGAAGGAUUUGCGCCCUGUCACGGGACAUUGGUAUCAAAGAUGAAGAUCUCCUGGCCAUCGUUUCAACCCCAGCAGAAUCUCAUCCCCCACCUCUCGACUUUGAAGAGGCACCAAAGUCAGUAAAGGAAAUUCCACUGGAAAGACAUGGUGCUUUGCUGUUGCUGGCUGCGCGGUCUUCAGCUGCCACUUUGUUUGAAGGUGCUGAAACGGCACGUAUCCCGAUAUAUCCAACUAUGGAAGUGAUUUUGUCAAAUUUUGUCGGUAAUGGAAUCACCGAUGAGGCUCCAGACGAACAGGCGCAAGCUCUUCAUGAUGCGCUCUUAGCACUUACUAUAAUUUCGUCCCAGAAAGAGGUCGAGACGCCAGCGGAUGAUCAGCAAUUUCAAACUUUGGUAUUAGCAUUGACAAGGUGCAGCUGUCGUCAGACCUACAAUGGUCUCCGGAACAUUCCAGCGGAUAUUAUACAAAAGGACGAGUUAUCUUACGCACGAGAAAGCGCGGUAGGCUGGCUCAAAGACGAGAUAUUGACGCCAGCAAAGACACAUGAGGAAAAUGAUAACAUCUUCAGCGACCCACAACAAUUUUCAAAAAUCUCGGCAUCUCUCUACAACGCUUCCGUCUUUCGGUCUCUUGAUAUGUCAACAGGAAUAGUCAUCUCAUGGAUUCGCUUUUCACAAUCUCUCGCACCUUACCUUCAUGCCGCGCUAAACUUAUACUAUGUCAUUAUCAGCUCGGCUCAACUUCGCAAACUACUCAAGAUAGAGAAUGAGUAUCCCUCAUUCCGCAAGAACUUUCUCGAACCCUUGAAAUUAACAUGUCGCACAUUCGAAGAAGACUUGGUGCAGAAUGGUGGCGAUGGGCGUAUCGAAGCCGUGGUGGGCGAGGAUAUGUGUAAAAUCGGUAUGGCGCAGUCUGUCGGACUGCUAUUUCAUGUAAUCGAACAGGUUGAUGAGAAGUUGAAUGAAAUAUUCAGAGAUGGCGGAGACGAAGCGGUCAAGGCAUAG